GAGAACAGAGUGGUGAAAUGUGAACGGAGACGCUACAUGUAUGAGUUUUAUCUUUCCAGUGACCUAAAGAGCAGAGUCUCUCCUAUAGCUUCAUUACUUUUGGAUCUGUGAGUGGACAUUCAUAAAUGAUCUUCUUAUGAGAUUGAUGUCUGAUUAUUGAGAUUAGUGUUGAUUAUCUCAGGAAGACGUUUUCUCCACUGCAUCAAUCUGUGGAUUUCAAAAUAUUGUUGGAUAAAUAGAAAAUGACAACCAAUCUGUAUCUGGUCUCUGGUCCUCGGAAAUGUCCUCCACCUAGCAGUUCAGAUGUGAAUCCUCAGUAUGUGCAUCAUCUGUCCCUGAAUCCUCCUGAGAUUAGCCACUCCAUUCCCAAACACAAAGAUGUAAAACAUAGGUGUGUAAAGUUCACUGUGGCUGCUGUGAUCAGCCUCCUGCUCCUCCUCCUGGUGGCUGGGGUCCUCCUUGGUUACUACUUCUCCUCUCCCUGUGUGCACGGGAUGCAAUGUGGUGAUGGGAGCUGUGUGUGGGAGUCUCAGUGGUGUGACGGAGUGAUGGACUGCCCUGCAGGCCAAGAUGAAGCUAACUGUGUGAGGGUGCAUGGUUCAAGUUUCCUACUUCAGAUCUAUUCGUCCCAGAGUAAAAACUGGAGGACUGUUUGUUCUCGGGGCUGGAGUGACCUGCAGGGUAAAGCGAGCUGCAGGCAGAUUGGAUACAGCAGGCAAGAAUCUCAGACAGGUUUUUCUAAAAAAAUGUAACAUGUAAAGAAUGUUGGUGUUUAAAUUAAGUUGUGUGGUUUGGCAGGGAGACAUAUUUUAAAUCAGGCCAACAACAGACUGACUCCAAAGAUGGAUUCCUGAUAGUAAAG